GCGAGGUCAUGACGUCAGCAGAUAACACACCGGGCCGUGGAAACUCACAACCCACCUCAACCACCGCCAUGCGCUGGUCGUACCUGGUUCUGCUGGCCCUCCACUACUUCUCAGCCAUCGCCGCCCAGUGUGGAGUGCCCGCCGGUCUGACCAAGAUAGUUGGUGGUCAGAGUGUGCCCAACCUCAGGUACCCAUGGUUCGUAGCCCUGGUGUCCCCCACCUCCCUCUCCACUAUGUCCGUGUCAUGCGGGGGUUCUCUCAUCACCAGCAGACACGUGCUCACUGCUGCCCACUGCUUUCCCAGAAACCAGGGUGACAGCCCUGAGCAGAUGUACCGGGCUGUGUUCGAGCUGGUGGACCGCUGCAACAACCCCGACGUUCCAAACUUCGCCUUAUCUCGGGUAGACAUCAACCCUGGAUACAACUCGCAGACUCUAGUAGGUGAUGUAGCUGUCGCCACUCUGGAGCAAAGUGUUCCCUACACGCCAGUAUGCUUGCCGCCUAGAAACUUUAUGAAGAUCGGCGAGGCGGUUAUCAUAGGGUUUGGUUCGACGCUGGUCAAAUCCCCGUACCCAUGCACCAUGCAGGAGGCUCGGGUCAACAUCUUCAGCAAAGGGCAGUGUGCACGAAGUGGUUUAGCCCCGGAGUAUUCCACCCUCCCAGGCACUAUCUGUGCUGGACUACGCCGGGGAGGAGUUGACUCUUGCGAUGGCGACAGCGGCGGUCCGAUACAGACUAUAGGUCCAGGCGGAAUCUAUACUAUUCAAGGCCUUGUGUCUUUCGGUGAGGGCUGUGCUCGAAGGAACCUGCCGGGGGUGUACACGCAAGUGUCCGCAUACAGAGAUUUCAUUGACGGAAUUAUAAGUGAGCCCGGUCCCGGUAGCGGUGGGUCCUUCACCAAUUCAACCCCAGUGGUGAAACCCUCCUUCCUGCAAGGGCUGCUGAGUAUCCUGCAUUCCCUGAUCGCCCCUGACAGUUCCAGUGGUGCUGGGGGCGGCUCUGUUGUUGGUGGCACUGGGCCUACUGGCGUCCCGACUCCUCAAAGGCCACUCACCCCUCUGGAGGUCUUCCUUCAGGGACUCGGAUUCCUCAAACCGAACAAGAACCCCUCCUACCCUUCCAGCAGCUACCAGCUCUACACUCGAGGAGACCAGUACAAGAACCCACUAUAUCCCCAGCAGAACCAGUUCUCUUCCGGCAGGAAUCCGGGGUAUCCCUACGGAAACCAGUACCAUUCUCGGUGGGACCAAUCCUCGACCAACAGGAAUAACGUCUAUUCCCAUGCGUUAAGUCAGACGUAGACUUGCACAGCAGCUGGUAUCGCAUAAGCCCAGGUCUCCUGAGGACAUCCCGUGCGGGGGGUUGGUCUGGUGUGUCGGGCUUGGCCGCUGCCAGGGGGUGAGAACCGUCACCGCGCCGGAGUACCCGGUGCUGCACCAUGGCAGGGGUCGCCGCCCUCAGGUCGUACGCCCAUCCCCAGCGCGCAAACAGAUCCAGGAGAGAUGUGGUCAUGUUGUACCUCUGCCCCAACUCCGCCGCCUUGUAGUCCCAGGGGAACGUGUGGUGGUAGUUGUGCCAGCCCUCGCCCAUACCGAACAUCGAUACCAGCUCACACUCCACGGGCACUAUGUCACUGCACAGUGCAAUACAUUGUCAUGGCAUGCGAUUGAAACUGUAGUUCCUACGUAAGUGAUGGGUACAAGGUGCCGUCCGUGAUCAUGUGAUUUGUGUUGCAAAUAGGAAGAAAUCUGCAGAACAAAACUGAACGGGGAAAGUGUGAAGUACGAGUGAAGAAAAUAUUAUUGGAGGUAAGCGGAAGUAGAUAAGAAACAGACGAAGAAGUGUAGUGAUAUGAAAAGGAAGAGCGGGUAAAGGAGAAGAUAAAGAUGUAGAGCAGUGUAAUCAUAAGAAGAAAUGAAGAGUGGGUAAAGGAGAAGAUAUAGAUGAAGAGAAGAGUAACUACAAGAAGAAAUGAAGAUUGGGCAAAGGAGGAGAUAUAGAUGAGAGAAGUGUAACUCCAGUGGACAAAGGAGAAGAGUUGGAGAUUUGUAAGGAGUACAUAAAAGGAAGAGUGAUUAAAAGAAAAGAAAUAGACGUUUUCUGCUUUGCAACAUAGCUCGUUAUUAAUUUAUUUUCUUUAAAUUGAAUAUUAAAUUUGUGUUUGUUUUCUA